UCCCCUCUCUCUCUCUUCCUCUCUCCCCCCUCUCUUUCUCUUCCUCCCUCUCCCUCUCUCUUUCUCUAUCGGCCGACUGGUUUUUUGAUCUUUAAAAAGCGCUGCAAGGAAUAAACAGAUUUCUCGCCUUCACAAAAGGGAGGGAGCCCCUCAUUCCCACAGAAUUUCUGGGAUUCAGGAAGGAAGCCUGUUCCCCUUCUCUUCUGGAAUUCUGAGGGGGGGUAUCCCGGACCUGCAGCAUUCCAUAUGGGAAUUCGGGAAUUCUGCCCCUCUCCCACAGGCAAAUUAACAGAAAGGUCCGCUAUGCAGCUGCUGUCUGAUCACAGCCCUCGCCGCCUCUCUGAUAUCAGCUCUCAGCUGCGGCAGCUGCGCUAUCUCACGGUGGAGGACCCCAUCAAAGAGGAGCUGAAAUCAGCACGAUCCUUCCUGGACGUGAACAGUGCGCUCGGGAACCUGUCCACCAUCGAGGUGCGCAUUCUCCGAAUCACCGGAUACUACCGGCACAGCGCCCAGUGGUCACCCAGCUCCUAUGAACCACAGCGAGAAAGGCCAGCUCCGUCUGUUUCCGUGACGACAGGGGUGGAGUCUGAGAGCAGUGAGACCGCGGUGAAGCCGCACUGCCGCUGGUGCCCUCUAGGGGUCCUCAAGAAGUUGGCUUGGGGGCUGGUGCUGGCGUGCUGUGUGGCUGUGUCCUGGGCUGGCUCCACCCACAUCGCCAAGCUGGCGCUGCACACUAUCAACGCCCCCUUCUUCCUGACAUGGUUCACCACCACGUGGAACCUUCUCUUCUUUCCCUUGUACUACAUGGGGCACUUAUUCUGGGCGGAGAAGAGGCAAUCUCCACUGAAGCAGUUCAGGGAGUGCACUGAGUUUCUGGGGGAGGACGGCUUCACGCUGCGUGUUUUCUUGAGGCGGACGGCCCCCUUCUGCCUCCUCCGGAGCCUCACGACGUAUCUGUACAUGCUGGCCCUGCGACGCAUCAGCCCCAGCGACGCGGCCGCCAUCUUCUGCUGCAACAAGGCCUUCGUCUUCCUGCUGUCCUGGAUCAUCCUGAAGGACAGAUUCAUGGGAGUGCGUAUAGUGGCAGCCAUUCUGUCCAUCACAGGGAUAGUGAUGAUGGCCUACGCAGAUGGUUUCCAUAGCGACUCGAUCACCGGAGUGGCCUUGGUGGUAGGCUCCGCCUCCAGCUCGGCACUUUACAAGGUCCUGUUCAAGCUGCUGGUGGGGGAGGUGAAGUUUGGAGAGGUGGCUGUGUUCCUCAGUGCCCUGGGGCUGUGUAACCUGCUCCUGCUGUCCUGGCUUUCCCUCAUCCUCUACAUCACCAGAGUGGAGUACUGGCCCUCUGCUCAGCCCAUCCCCUGGGAGCAGCUGUGCACCCUGGCUGCUCUGCUGCUGACCUUCAACGUUCUGGUGAAUUUUGGGACUGCAUUGACGUACCCCUCGCUCAUCUCUGUGGGGGUCUUCCUGAGUGUUCCAGCCAACGCAGCGCUGGGCCUGUCUCUGACCAGGGGGCUGCAGUUCAGUGAGGUGCGCAUUGCUGCCGCUGGGAUCAUCGGCCUUGGCUUCUUGCUGCUGCUCCUGCCGGAACGCUGGGACGAGGCUGCGCUGCGCUGCCUGGCCCGGAUCACACGAGAGCGGAAGAGAGAGGAGAGCCCGGAGGAGGCAGGGGAGAGCAGCCAGUCAGCCCGGGGCAAGGGCAAGCCAGUCGGGGGAGCAGCGCUGGCAUGA